AAAACGGAAGAAGAGAGUUGUUGUGAAACUUGACAUAUGCGAGCGAAGAAAGCUGACUUGACGGACGCUUGAAAUUAGUGCGAUCCGGAUAGCCGUUCAAUUAAUAACGCGUAAUCCCGAAAAAUGUUACCACGACGUCCGAAGCCAACGGAUAAGUUGUCGAGCAGCCGUCGUAAAUUUUCAAAUUCCAACGACGUUGCGAGUAACCACUCGCAAUCAAAUCCGGUCCUUCUGGAAUAUGAGGUUGACGACGAGGUCAUGUGGUUGGAUGAAAUGGAUGACAAAAGUAUAUCCUCGGAUGGUGAUUCGGCGUCUCUGAUGUGCACGAAACUGUUGUCAUCGUCGCAGCAACAACCGUGGAACACCGAAGAAAUAAAUUUGGCACUGUAUCGUCUGCCGGCUGGCGAAGCUGCGUUCUCCCUAAUUUCAACGAUCCAGGGCGAAAGUUUGGACAAUGCACUCGAAGAGGUGCGGCAUUACACCGACCGCACGGGUCUCACCACGCUGACCGAAAGAAAAUUAUCAAUACCGUGUUUUGCUAAUGGGGGUAUAAGAAAAGCUUCACUGGCUGCAGAAAACGACGAAGCCGCAAGUUCAAAGCCCGGUCUUGUAUUCGCCAAAUGGCCGGAAACGUGUCUUCUCGCGUCGUCUUGGUUGGGUCAAUACGAGUUGGUGAAAGUUUUAUUGGAGCGAGGUGUAAAUGUGAAAACUCGUGACGGUGAUGGAAGGACUCCGCUGCAUCUGGCAGCUUGUUCAGGCUCGUCAAAAAUAAUUGAAGAAUUAUUGAAAGCCGGUGCGGAUCCGAACGAUUGGGAUGACGCGAAAGAGUAUACGGCCCUUCAUUGCUCAGCGGCAAUCGGGGACGCGACUUCGAUGAAAUUGUUAAUGAAAUUUGGUGGUAAUGCGAACGCCGGGCUCCCAGGACGGAGUCCAUUGCAUUACGCUGUCCUCAGCAAUGUGACCGAAUGCGUGGAAAUUCUUUUGAAAGCUGGCGCUUGUCCAAAUAAUCCUCAAGUUUAUACGGAAACGCCGCUGCACGUUGCGGCUGGUCUUGGGGCGAGCGAAAGUCUCACUUUACUUCUGAGUCACGGUGCGGAUGUAAGAGUUCAAUGCGGCGCAGCGAGAUCGACUCCGUUGCACCUCGCUGCCGAAGAUGCGAGUCCUCGGUGUACGAAAUUAUUGUUGGAUUCCGGGGCUCCUUGGGAGGCGAAAGAUUCCCGAGGAAGAACCGCGAUGCAUCUUGCGGCUCUGGCUCAAUCGGCUGAAACUCUCGAGCAGCUCAUACAGGCUGGAGCGAAUCCAAAUGCUGAGGACAACGACGGGCGUACACCGCUUCAUACAGCGGUCGCGAAGGCACUUGGGAGCAGCGAGUUAGUCAGGAUGCUUAUACAGGCUGGUUCCGAAGUAAACAAACCCGACAAAUUUGGUUACAUGCCGCUCCACAUAGCCGCAUUGAACGAGAGUUCGCAAGUUGUAAUACUUUUGUUGAGCAAAGGAGCUGACGUAACCGCAAGGACGAAGGGUGGAGUAUCGGCGUUGAGCUUUAUAAUACGAAGAACACCGGAGGUAAUACCCCGAUUGGUCGCUCGUUUGGAUCAGGCGAUAACAUUGCACGAUCACGAAUUAGGGGACGUUGAUUGCGAGUUGAGGUUGGAUUUUCGAGUACUUGUGCCGGGGCUUGGACGAGGUGAAACGGAUCUUAUGUUGUGCCUCGUCGAAGUAGGUCAACGUCAUAUACUGAGACACCCGCUUUGCGAAAGUUUUCUUUAUCUAAAGUGGCUUCGUAUAAGAAAAUUUUUUCUCUUCAGCCUUAUAUUUCAUUCGAUAUUCGUUGCUAUUUUUACGGCUUACGUAGCGGUAGCAUUUUUGUACGAAGGCAAGGCUUUGGCAAGAGUAUUGUUUUGGCCGGUCGGUAUAUUUACGUGUAUGCUGACGUGCAAAGAAAUCUUUCAAUUGGCCCAUGGGGUUUCGAUUUACGCGAAGCGCUGGGAAAAUUGGUUGCAAUGGGGAGUCAUAGUCGUUACUUGCGCGGUUCUCCUCAAAUCGAGCGAUAGUUGGCAACAUCAUGCGGCAGCCCUCGGUAUACUCCUCGUAUGGAUAGAACUUAUGAUGAUUAUAGGAAGAUUUCCCAUGUUUGGUCUUUACGUACAGAUGUUCACUCAGGUGGCGAUUAAUUUUUUCAAGUUCCUCGGCGCUUACAUAUGUCUUAUCGUUGGUUUUUCAUUGGGCUUCAGCGUUUUACACAAAAAUUACAAGUCUUUCGAGAAUCCUAUCGUUGGUUUGCUCAAAACGAUUAUAAUGAUGUCCGGUGAAUUAGAAUUCGAAGAUGUAUUUUUCGACAAAGAAUCCAAAAUAUUGUAUCCGGGCACGUCGCAUCUCCUGUUACUCGUAUUUGUCGUUCUCGUAACUAUAAUUCUUACUAAUUUGAUGGUGGGUCUCGCUGUUUCGGACAUUCAAGAAUUACGAAGAUCCGCCGGACUCGAUAGACUCGUCAGACGCGCCGAACUCGUUGCCCAUUUGGAAAGCAUGCUUUUCUCAAAGCUCCUCGAUCGCGCUCCCCGACGUAUUGUCAGAGCGUGUCGCCGAGGCGCUCUCCUUCUCCAUCCACCCCAUUACUGCGCUAUUCAUAUUCGGCCCAAUGAUCCUAGGGAAAAUCGCUUGCCGCGCGAAUUGAUCAGAGCAAUUUAUCGUCUAGUUACCGAGAGAAAAACUCGCAAUAAAUGUUACGGUGAUUCUUCGAAUAGAAGCGUCAACAACGUUGCGACAUCCGGUGAUAUGAGAAUCAGCCGUUUGUACAGUGUGACUUCGGCGAGUGACGCUAAUCGUCAACAGCUUACGGAAUUGGCCGGUGAGCUCAAACGAUCUUUCCAAAAUAUUGGCUUGCGAUUAGACGCGUUAACGCUUCGAGUUGAAAAUAUAGCUAGAGAACUCGAUCUUCGAGUCACUCCCGCUUAAACAAUCGUUUGCUCAUUGAUUCAACUCCAAAUUUUUUGAUCCUUCAAGGUAAUGUAGUACCUUGAAGAAAAUUCAAAUAUUCACACGAAAUGGCAUGUUUUAUGUAGAUCGAUUUACAGAAUAUGCAGGAAGGGGCGGUCAUAUGUAUGUAUGUAUAUAUAUAGGACAGGAGUAAAGAUGUCAAAGCAGAGAUCUAGCAAUUGGCAAUGACUAUCCAGCGAUAAUGAUGAAAUUCGAAGAAAAGAGAAUACGGGGAAUGGAAAUGAAGAAAACAAUGAGAGUAUUGCAAUAAAUUUCGGGAAGAAAAAUUCGGGAUUGCAGAAUAAAUUGGGGAAAAACGAAAGAAGGGAGAGAAUCGAUACCGCGGUAAACAUCGAUGAAUAUUAUAAUAAUAUGCACAAUAUAAAUCUACAAAAUGAGGGGAUGGUAUGAAAACCUUUGAGAGUAAAUUAUAGAAAUAAAAAAUAGAGUAGAACUUGAGUUUUCAUUUUAUUACACAAUUAAUAAUAUGUUAUCGGUAUAACACUUAUCAACCUAUCGUUCAACCAUUGAUUCAACUCAAUGGAGUAGGGACUACUGAAAAUCUGUAUAAAGAUAUACAAAGUAAAAUAAUUUAUUUCAUGUCAAAAUGUGAAUUAUUUUCGAAAAUAUGUAUUUAUUAUCAUUCUCCGUUGUCUCACUACUAAUGCAACAAUUGGAGCAGCCAAGUAGAAAUAAGCUACCCUAGGCAUUCUCUACAAUGAAAUUCGAGUGUUGCAACAUACCGAUAACAUAUUUAAAUUAAUCAUUUAUAACGAUUAUACUUUCAAAUACUCACAAGA